ACCGCCAAGACUUCUGAGACGCAUUCAAAAACGACGUCGCACCUCAUUCUUAGUAUUAUUCUUCUUUUAUUCCUAGUGUUGAGUCUGCAACUCUUUAUAGCAGCUCCAGUGUCUUAGAAAGGCAACUGCUGCAAUGACAGCAACACCCAACGACGUCGCCCUUCAGAGUAAUUAUGAUGUCGACUACGUCAUUCGGUAUUCUUUUGGGGGACCUGACCGGGAAGAAGCAAAAGAGCAAUUGAAUCACCUCCUGCAGACUCUUGCAGGAGUAGGAUUUCAGACCGAGGUCAGACCUGGAGAUAGGUCGUCACUAUUGAUAUUUAUUCGAGCGCCGCAUAAGAGUUUACUCAGGGCUACACAUACUACUCGUGUCCGCGACUGGCUCUACGGUCUACGGCACACACAACCCGAUCGCGACUCCUCCCCCGGCCCACAAGCAGACGCAGAACGACUACGAGCGAUAUACUACAUGCUAACAGCCCCCAGCGACGACGGCGGCGCAAACAUAACCCCCAAAUUCGGAAAAUGGAAACACGUCGACUCUUUGUUUCCUUUACACGACGACAAGACCAAUCAAGCCUGGAUGAGGGACUGGAGUAAAAAGACAUUCCUCACAAACGAAGAUCUCGAUCAAAUUCGUGAUAAAUUCGGGGAACAGGUUGGAUUCUAUUUUUCUUUUUUGCAAACGUAUUUCCGGUUUUUGUUCUUUCCAGCUUUGUUCGGGUUUUCGUCUUGGCUUAUGUUGGGGUAUUAUUCACCCGUUUACGCGAUUGUGAAUUGUGUUUGGUGUGUGGUGUUUGUGGAGUUCUGGAAGAGGAAAGAGUUGGAUCUGGCGUUGAGGUGGCAGGUUCGUGGGGUUUCGGUGCUGUCGUCGCGGAAUAGGAGUUUUAGGCCUGAAAGUGAAAUUCGGGAUGAGGCUACUGGUGAAUUAAGGCCGGUGUUUCCGUGGACGAAGCGGUUGCAAAGGCAGUUGCUUCAGAUUCCGUUUGCGAUUGUAUCGGUUGUUGCGUUGGGGGCGGUUAUUGCUACGUGCUUUGCGAUUGAGAUUUUUAUCUCGGAGGUCUAUAAUGGUCCGUUGAAGUCAUAUUUGGUCUUCAUUCCCACCGUCCUACUUUCUUCCAUUUUGCCAAUUGCCAGCACGAUCCUUACCAGAGUGGCCAAACGACUUACAGAGUUCGAAAACUACGAAACCAAAGAAGACCAUGAUGUCGCCUUUAUUCAGAAAAUGCUCGUCAUUAACUUUAUCACUUCAUAUCUGGCCAUUUUCCUAACAGCAUUCGUCUACGUUCCCUUCGCUCACGUCAUUGUUCCAUACCUUGACAUCUUCCGAGCUACCGUCCGACCCUUUGUCUCUCCUGAAGAUGAAAAGACGAUCCAUCAUACGGAAUUCAAAAUCGAUCCCUACCGUCUCCGCAACCAAGUCAUUUAUUUCGCAGUCACAGCACAGAUUGUCAAUUUCUUCCUCGAGACUAUCCUACCAUUCAUAUUGCAAAGACUAAGCUCCAAAUAUAAGAAAUACUCCGAGGAAAAAGCAAACGGUCACGAAAAAGCAAGUGCCGCAUACGAUGACCAUCCCGAUGAAGUCGAAUUCUUGAAAAAGGUCCGCGAAGAAGCAGAUCUGCCUGAAUACGACACAACAGAUGAUCUUCGACAAAUGGCCAUCCAGUUCGGUUAUUUAUCAUUGUUUUCGACCGUAUGGCCACUAGUCCCAGUGUCAUUCCUAUUCAAUAACUGGCUGGAACUACGCUCGGAUUUCUUCAAAAUCUGCAAAGAAUUUAAAAGACCCGUUCCCGAACGAGCAGAUACCAUUGGACCAUGGCUUGAUACACUGGGAUUUCUCGCCUGGGUCGGAAGCAUCACCAGUCCUGCCCUCGUUUACCUCGCCCGUAGCCAGGGCCUUGACUCCGGCGACGGAAUACAGAACCCAAUCCGAGGCUGGAUGCUAAUGACUACCAUCUUUUUCUCAGAGCACAUCUACCUCGCCGUCCGCUUCGCAGUCGAGAAGACAAUGACCAAAAUCGAAAUGCCGAGUAUCGCCCAAGAACGGAUUCAGAAAAUCCUGAUGCGUAAGGCACUCAUUUCUGAGAUUCCGGAUGAGUCGUUGUCUGUUGGAGGUAAUGAAGAUGUAACCAGCGGUGUUGGGGGUGAAAAGGAAGAGAAGAUUACCAGAAAGACGCUGGAAGAAGAUGCAAGAGCUAGAACGUUGCAUGAUGCGCGUCCGUCGGAUCCGUUUUGGGAGAGACAGAAGAAUUGGAAGGAGGCGUUGCAGAUUGGGAAUCGGAUUAUUGAGUCUUAUCAGAGUACGGAGAUGAAGAAGGCUGAGUGA